AACGGAUGCUAUCAGUUGGCGUGAUUGCAGUUCCCGAGACAGAUCUGAUAGUGAAAAAAAAACCGUUCCGUUGAUAAGCAAAUCGAAAUCGUUAGAAAAAUGAAAAUCGCCAUUUUCGCGCUCGUCGUCUGUUGCCUGCUGAUGUCGCUGGCUGCUGCAGCACCACAUCAAGCGGCUUCAUCCAAACUACAAAAGCGAGAUGAUGCAGAACCAAAACCGGACGAGAGUCCCGUUCAGGAAGCUGCUGCUGUCGAUGAGAAGGAUGCCACCAACGAUGAAUGCAACGGAGAAGAGGACAACGACGACGACGACGACGACGAAGGAAAAGAUUCUUCCAGUGAGGAAAAGCAUCACUGCCAUCAUCACCAUCAUCAUCAUCCAGAACAGGAAGCCAACGAUGGGGAGAGCAAAACGGCGGGCGAGGACGGAGAACAGCCGAAACCGGAUAUCGAAGCUCCCACCGAACACGGUCAGGAUGAAGGGAAUUGAAAAACUGCUACCUCGCUGUGAAAUCUGAUUAAUCACCCGACUGGACUAGAUGUGAAAUGUGUGUAUAUCCAUAAAAUAGAUAUGUAGGUAAUAUAACUGACCGGAAACGUUCAUCGGUACAUGGCUUUAGUUGUGAUUCGGUUUGGGAAAAUGAUCUGCUCAAAUAAAGGAACAUCUAACGAAAA